AUGCGCAGAAAAGUACAAACGUUUCUCCUGUUCAUCUUGAUAAUAACAACCGACGUCGUUCUUGGCAAAGAAAACAAAACUAAAACUUAUAAAAACUAUCAUAAGAAACUAAAUUCUUUGAAAGACAAGUCAGAAAGCGAACGUUUCAAGAGAUCUCUAAAUGAUGACGAUGAUCGACCAUUCUGGCCUAAUAGGGGCAAAAAACAAAUAAUAGGUAAUGACCCUAAUAACUAUAACAGUAAAUACGACAGUGAUUUUGGAUCAAAUCAAAAGUUUGCCAAAUCUAAUGACCAAGUUAUGAAGGAACAGCCGUUUUGGGGAAAUAGAGGUCGAAGAGACAGCUCAAUGGAGAAUUUAUAUGGCUAUACUGUCGACUUUCCUGAUUAUUUUGUUAAACACUGCGAACACUGUACAGAAUUUGCUCAAAAGCCAAACGACUACUACGGUAAUAUAAAAGACAGAAGAGAAGAUUUCGUAUCACCAUUCUGGGGAAACCGUGGUCGUCGCAAUUCUUUAGAAUCUGAAGGAUCCGAAGAAGAUCUUUUUUGGGGCAGCAGGGGCAGACGUCAAGAUCAAGAGCCAUUUUGGGGUAACCGAGGUCGAAGGACGGAAAAUGAACCGUUUUGGGGCAAUAGAGGAAGACGUGAAGAAGAGCCGUUUUGGGGGAAUCGUGGUCGACGUGAUGAAAUUGAACCGUUCUGGGGUAAUCGUGGUAGGAGGGAGAUAGACGAACCAUUUUGGGGAAAUAGAGGAAGGAGAGAGACAGACGAUCCUUUUUGGGGUAAUGGAGGCAGGCGGGAGAUCGAAGAGCCUUUUUGGGGUAAUAGAGGCAGGCGAGAGAUAGAUGAACCAUUUUGGGGAAAUCGAGGAAGAAGAGAGGAGGAACCAUUUUGGGGUAAUCGCGGAAGACGAAAGACUUCAGAACCAACCUGGGUUCGCAAGCAAGAUUUAAAAGAAUCAAUCUUAAAUGCAAUAAAUGACGUCGAAGAAGAUAUUGAAAAUCUCUCACGACUCAAGAAGAGUAAUGCUGACCCUAAUUCAUUUUGGACUGGGAGGGGUAGAGAAAAUAAGCUUUCAAUGUUAUUUAAUGGACCUUUGAGAAACAGCGGUAAUCUACCUAAAGCUGCUAGACUUCGUGGUCAAAGUAAGGAACCAGGAACGGUUUUAGACAAUCGAAUGUAUGUUGACGAGCCAAAUUAUAUUUUAGUUGAAAGGACUGGACGAUCUUCAGCUGAAGCUGACGAUCCAUAUUACAUAUCGAGAGGUAAAAAAUAUUAUAUUAAUUAUAAUUUGGAGCAAGCUGCAAGAGACAGGCGAGGUGCUAUUGAAGAAAUUGUUAAAUCUGUUCGCAACGAUCCAUAUUAUAUUGCUAGAGGCAAAAAAGAUUUAAACCCCUCAAAAAACGGAACGACACUCCACAAAGAUGAAUAUACUAAAGCUAAAGAACUAAUUUGCGCGGCGAUUGACUUGAUAAUGAUUAAAAACGAUAAGGGCAAAGUUAAAAGGGAAAUUGAUGAUAACGAUCGAGACAGGCGUACUAUAUUGAAGAAACUGGCAGCUCAAUUACAAAUGGAUCCAUAUUUUGUAAGUAGGGGCAAGAAAAAUCAAAUUUCCAGUGACAAAGAUAAUCUUCAAGAUUUCAUUAGUAAUGUAGCUGAUAAAUGUAACUAA